AUGGCUCAUCGCGGAGAGACUCUUCACAAAGAUGUAUGCUGCAUUGCUGAUUUGAAGAGAUUGGGCAGUAGUCGGCUUGCGCCGAUGGUUAGAGACUACUACAAUGAAGGAGCUAUGGACUUGAUCACCCUCAACGAGAACGAGACUGCCUACGACCGAUAUAAGAUCCGUCCUCGAAUCCUUAUCAACGUUGACAAGAUCGACACAACCACGGAAAUUCUUGGAAGCAAGGUUUCACUUCCCUUUGGCUUUAGCCCUGCGGCAUCUAUGAAGCUCGCCCACCCUGACGGCGAGCUCGCGACUUCUCGCGCCGCGGCGAAAUACGGUCUUUGCAUGGGUCUUUCCUCUUAUUCCAACUAUCCGCUAGAAGAUGUCGCCGCGCAGGGUACCGGGAAUCCAUAUGUGAUGCAGAUGUGUGUUUUGCGGGAUCGGUCACUCACCAUUCAGCUUUUGGAGCGCGCAGAGAAGGCCGGAUACAAGGCACUGUUCCUAUCUGUCGAUGUCCCCGUGCUAGGGAAGCGAUUGAACGAGUACCGUCACGAGUACACCAUCCCCGAGGAUAUGUCAUGGCCGAAUAUCCUCAGUCACGGCGGUGACCACUCGGAUCGUACUGAUUAUGACCCCAGCCUUGACUGGGAGAGCACGAUCCCCUGGUUGAAAGAACACACUUCUCUGCCCAUUUGGCUCAAGGGUGUCACCACACCCGAAGACAUCGAACUUGCUCUCAAGUACCAGGUUAAUGGAGUCAUUGUCUCGAACCACGGAGGGCGCCAGCUGGAUGGUAUGCCAUCGACACUAGAUGCACUGCGGGUCUGUGCACCUAUCGCCAAGGGACGUAUUCCGAUUGCCGUAGAUGGUGGUAUCCGACGAGGCUCGGAUAUUUUCAAAGCGUUGGCUUUGGGAGCCAACUUCUGUUUCAUUGGGCGGAUUCCAUUCUGGGGCCUUGCUUAUGACGGACAAGACGGAGUAGAACUGGCGAUCCGGAUUCUUCGCCAAGAAUUGCGGAUCACCAUGGCGUUGGCUGGAUGUCGGAACAUAAGCGAAAUUCAGAAGUCGUACCUCUCGAUUUUGCAGCCUGACGGGAUUCUUUCCAAGUUGUGA